UCUGUCAGGAAGUGAACGCAGAAACUGCAGAGCGAGGAAAAAGCAAAGAAAACAGAUGAUAAAGUGCAGCCAGUGAGCACAAGUCAAAGAUUAUAAUGUCCUUAACCGUGUUGACGUCCGCGUGCAGACUGAGGUCCCUCUGCAGACUGCAGCGAAUCCAGAGCCACAUGAUGUCGAGUCAUGUGGAGCCAGAGGUUCUUCUGGAGAGGGUGGGCUGCGCAGGCGUGAUCACCAUAAACAGACCCAAAGUCCUGAAUGCCCUCACCCUGAACAUGGUUCGACAGAUCUACCCUCAGCUCAAGAAAUGGGAAAGUGACAGUGAGACUGACAUCGUGAUCAUCAGAGGAGCAGGUGGGAAAGCCUUUUGUGCAGGUGGAGACAUCAGAGCGGUCACAGAAGCAGGGAAAGUUGGAGACCCUCUGGCAGAGGUCUUUUUCCGUGAGGAGUACAUUCUCAACAAUUCUAUUGGAGCAUGCAGGAAACCAUAUAUUGCCCUAAUUGAAGGAAUAACAAUGGGAGGGGGUGUCGGCCUGUCAGUUCAUGGACGGUUCCGAGUGGCCACUGAGAAGACGCUGUUUGCCAUGCCAGAGACCGCCAUAGGGCUUUUCCCAGACGUGGGAGGUGGCUAUUUUCUGCCGAGGCUCCAGGGGAAGCUGGGACUCUUUCUGGCCUUGACGGGCUUCCGUCUUAAGGGACGUGACGUGCAAAGAGCUGGAGUUGCCACUCACUUUGUGGAGUCAAAGAAGAUCCCAGACCUGGAGAAGGAGCUGGUGGAUCUGAAGUCUCCCUCUGCUGAAGACGUCUCCAGAGUGCUAGACAGCUACCAGAAGCAGAGCAGUCUGGAUUCUGAGAAGCCUUUUGUGUUGGACAAGCACAUGUCUGAUAUUGACAGGCUGUUCAGCUCCAGCAGUGUGGAGGGCAUCGUGCAGAACCUGAAGGCAGAUGGCUCAGAGUUCGCCAACAAACAAGCUGAGACACUGUCCAGAAUGUCUCCCACAUCCCUGAAGAUCACCUACAAGCAGCUGCAGGCGGGUGCGACUCUGAGCCUGCAGGAUGUGUUGGCGAUGGAGUAUCGACUGAGCCAGGCCUGCAUGAGGGGCUACGACUUUUAUGAAGGUGUACGAGCAGUGCUGGUUGACAAGGACCAGAAUCCCAAAUGGAAGCCGUCAACACUGGAGGAGGUGUCUGAUCAGGCGGUGGAGCAGUGCUUCUCCUCGCUGGGAGACAAGGAGCUGACUUUCUGAUGCUCCUCGCCUUUAAACACACUCCCCACUGAGCCCUCUCCAAGCCUGCGGUUCCCACAGCCUGUAAUGGUCAGCCAGUGAGAGCACUGUGCUGCUGAGGAUGUAAGAAAGUCUGUUAUUGCACAACACGCACAUCCACAGGUCAUAUAGUUGGACUCGGCACUAUUAAAUACAGUGAAACAUUAUAGAAGAAGAUCGAGGCUGCUUCUCUGCUGCUGAGGAGAAGGAGCUCUGAUUCAUCACAGCCAGAUAUCAAAAAUAGUAGUAGAAGAGGCAGCUAACAGAUGCCCUGCGUGUCCCACCUGAAAAAUGUUUAGUGUAAACUUGCUCUGCAGUGGAAGUGGAGUGUUUUUUUCUCUAUUUUACAUAAGUCAUACAGCAGUAACUCUGCUGCUGCGAAUGCAAGGAAUCUGCCGCACAGCAGCAUUAACAGGAGGACACGGGAGGAGAAUGAUCUCACCGCUGAGUGCUUUCAUACAUUUCCUGUGGGUGUUUGUUGAUGUGACACCCAUCAGUAUCAUCUGUAUUUCUACAGUGUGGUCACUAAUUCCGAUAAUGUGUCUCUGUUUCUUUUCUUUUCAGUGGGAUAAAAAAAAAGGUUUUCUGACAUUUCCACACAACACUCCUAAGACAAAUGGCAGAUUUCUAACAUUAUUGCUUCUAAGUGCCUUUACAUGUUACAUUGCAUUUUUGUCUUGUGUUUUUAUCAUUUACCUUAUCUGAUGGACACGUCACUGUUUUUCAGUUGGUAUCAAAUCACCUCCCUAAACUUGAGUCCUCAUAGCUGCAGUAUUUAUGAGAUAACCAGUCAGAUUAGGCAUUAUUGCUGGAACAAAGGGCAAUAAAGAGAGUUGGUAAUGUAAUCUGAAA